GUUGUCCCCACAGCGACCAGCUUGCAGGCCCGCUCUCCCGCCGCCUUUGUCCGCCUCUCUUGCCGGACCACACUUGCCCUCGCACGUAGACAACGCCCACCAAGCUCCCGUUGCACCCACUGUGCCUCCGCUUCCCCGCGACGCCGGCCGAACAAUCUCUCAUGCGCCCAGCCGGUCGCACCUUACCUGCACAUAGGGCUGGCAGUCACGACCACAGCAGCUGCAUCGCCAGCUGGUGACACCCCCCGCUGCAUCCCCACUGCUUCCCAUUGCUUCCUUCCCAGCUUCCCAAUCCGCCCGUCGCCAUUGCCCGUCGCCAUUGCCCGUAGCCUCACCCAUCCUGCCCCACGGCCUGCCAGCCCAUAGCGUGCCCCGCUCGCUGCGAACAUGUCGGUUUGGAAUCCCGACAACGUGCGCGAUGUUGCUGAGUCGGUGGGUAUCGCCUCACUCGCCGACAGCGUCGUGGACGAGUUGGCGCGGGAUGUCGACUACCGCCUCGCCCAGGUGCUGGAAGAGGCCCUCAAGUUCAUGCGCCACGGGAAGCGCACCACGUUAAGCACCUUGGACGUGUCCAACGCGCUCAAGGUCUUAAAUGUAGAGCCUCUGUACGGCUACGAGUCUACCCGUCCACUGCGCUUUGGAGAGGCUUCCCUUGGCCCUGGCCAGCCCCUCUACUAUGUCGAGGAUGAGGAGGUCGACUUUGAGAAGCUGAUCAAUGCCCCUCUGCCAAAGGUGCCGCGAGAGAUCACCUUCACCGCGCACUGGCUUGCUGUGGAGGGCGUCCAGCCGUCCAUCCCCCAGAACCCAACGGCCACUAACCUUGCUGAUCUCCUGCCAAAAGGGCCCAACGCCAACCCGCACCUUGCCGCUGCCAACGGCCUGGACAACAUCAACGUCAAACCCCUUGUGAAACACGUCCUCUCCAAGGAAUCUCAAGAGCUGUUCGCCAAACUCUCCUCCGCCCUCACCGAUGAGACAAACUCUGAGUGGCAGAAUGCCGCGCUAGCUUCUAUUCAGUCGGACCCCGGGAUCCACCAAUUGGCCACCUACCUCAUCACCUUCAUUGCGGAGAAGGUCUCACACAACCUAAAGAACUUGUUCGUGCUGAGGCAGAUGAUGCUCGCAACUGCCGCGCUCCUAAACAACCGCGCCAUCUACCUUGACCCUUACAUCGCCUACAUGGUGGCUCCUGCGCUGACGUGCGCGACUGGCAAACAUCUUGGCCCAACCAGUCACCAGGCGCCUUCCAACGCUUCAUCCGAGACGCUGAACGGAACCAGCAUGAACGGCAACAGCCCGAAUCCUCUUGCUCACUUUGAGUUGCGCGACCUAGCAGCUUCCAUUGUCAGCUCCAUGUGCAACAGAUAUGCGGCCUCGAGCCAAGGCCUGAAAGCACGCGUUGCGCGGAGCUGUCUGAAGUUUUUCCUGGACCCUAACAAAUCUCUCGGCACACAUUACGGUUCUCUGAAGACAAUGUUGUCCAUUACCGGACCAGAAGGCAUGAAGAUGCUCGUCCUGCCCAAUCUGAAAAUCUACGACGAUGUCCUCAAAGAAGGGAUGAGCGACGAGUCGAGGAAGCCGGAGGCGGAAAGAGUGCUGGCCGUGAUACUCCAAGCACUUGACAGCAUGGAGCGUACAAGAGGCGCGUCUCGAGUAAACGGCGUCGGAAACCUCGAGAGCUUGAAGGCCAGACUAGUCGAGAAAGUCGGCGAAGUCGUAGGCGAGAAAAUCGUGACGAGCAGGCGAUCCGCUGUCGCUCAAGUCAUCAUGGAGACAGAUUUAAGCUUGUAAUACAGUCACCCCGUAACGUGUGGUACGUUUGGCGUGGUAUUUAUACACAGUGCUUCGGGCUCGAAAAAGGCGUUGGUGGAAAGGACAGCAAUGAUACCAGUUUCGUCUCGUCUCGUGAUAUAGGUAAUCACUGAGCAUCUACCUAGUAGGCAGCCAGUUUUAUAAUAUGUAAAAUAGUAAAGCUAGGUGGCCUCAAGUUGUGAUCACUUUUGAAGUGAG